UUUAGUUUAGUAAAUUAAUGCAGCAAGAAACUCCCAAGAUCUGGCGAGUCCUAGCAGGGGAGAGAGGGCAGAGGGGAAAUGAGAUGCAUUAGGAGGACAGUGAGCCACUUUCUUUCCGAGCACAAUGGAAGUGCUUCCCAAGAAACUUCCCCUUCGCUCCCCUCCGCUCUAGCCCUGAGCAAUGGGACACCUUCCCUACAGCAGCAAUAACUUAUUCGGGAGGAAAAAAGCCCAGGAAGCAGGAAUCAACAGCAUCCAAACGGCGGGCAGGAAAGCGACACAACCGGGACUGCAGCACGGCUCCACACUGACAAAUUCCUGUGGAUGUAAUUAGGAAGACACCCCGGCCGGCAGCGGAGAUUAAACCCUGGGGUUGUUGAGGGUCGUCGCGCCCCCCACCUCCCACCUCACCCCCGCCACCCCGAUGGCAAACCUACACCCGCUGCGCCUCCCGCUCUCGCCAGCCUGAUGUCCGGAGCGACAUCCCGCUGAAGGGAGGUCUCGGCGCGGGCAGCCCGGUGCUCCGGCCCCAGCAGCACUGCAGUGGCGGUGGCGGGGGCCCCGGCGGAGGAGGGACGAGCCGAGGCGGCGGCGGAGCGGGGCCGCUCUCCGCGGUGCUGGGCGGGCGCGCUCCGGGCGCUGUCCGGGUGCUGAGCGGGGCCCGCCGCUCUCCGCGGUGCUGAGCGGACCCUCCCGGCCGCGCCCCGGCCCCGGCACGGGUGGUUCGCUUCCACCCCCCACCGAUUCUUCCCUAAGUGCCGGGUUACUUUAUUGGCCAACCCCACCGGCCCACCCCUCACGGAGUACAAAAAAAAAAAACAAACCAACAACCAAACCAAAACAACAACAAAAAAAAAAAAAACCAACAACAACAAACAGCGAGAGCUGGAAAAAUGUGCAACGUCAACGCGCUCGGAGUCUACGUGUGGGAGACGAUCGUUUUCUUCAGCCUGGCAGCCUCCAAAGAAGCUGAAGCAGCAGCACGGUCUGCCCCCAAACCCAUGUCUCCUUCUGAUUUCUUGGAUAAGUUGAUGGGGCGAACUUCAGGAUACGAUGCCAGGAUCAGACCAAAUUUUAAAGGCCCGCCAGUGAACGUCAGCUGCAACAUUUUCAUCAACAGCUUUGGCUCGAUUGCAGAAACAACUAUGGAUUACAGGGUGAACAUCUUCCUGCGACAGCAGUGGAACGACCCACGGCUGGCGUACAACGAGUACCCCGACGACUCCCUGGACCUGGACCCCUCCAUGCUGGACUCCAUCUGGAAACCUGACCUGUUCUUUGCUAAUGAGAAAGGGGCCCACUUCCAUGAGAUUACCACAGACAACAAGUUGCUGAGGAUCUCCCGAAACGGCAACGUCCUCUACAGCAUCAGGAUCACACUGACUCUGGCCUGCCCCAUGGACCUGAAGAACUUCCCCAUGGACGUACAGACGUGCAUCAUGCAGUUAGAAAGCUUUGGCUACACAAUGAAUGAUCUCAUAUUUGAGUGGCAAGAAAAAGGAGCGGUGCAAGUUGCUGAUGGGCUGACAUUGCCUCAGUUUAUCCUCAAAGAAGAAAAAGACUUGAGAUACUGCACAAAGCACUACAACACAGGCAAGUUCACCUGUAUAGAAGCUCGUUUCCACCUGGAGAGGCAGAUGGGCUAUUACUUGAUCCAGAUGUACAUCCCCAGCCUCCUUAUUGUCAUUCUGUCCUGGAUCUCGUUCUGGAUCAACAUGGAUGCUGCACCAGCUCGUGUUGGCCUGGGGAUCACCACAGUGCUCACUAUGACCACACAGAGCUCUGGUUCCAGAGCAUCACUGCCCAAGGUGUCCUACGUGAAGGCCAUAGACAUCUGGAUGGCUGUGUGCUUGCUGUUUGUGUUCUCUGCACUUCUAGAAUAUGCUGCUGUCAACUUCGUGUCUCGGCAGCACAAAGAGCUGCUCAGGUUCAGAAGGAAGAGGAGGCAUCAUAAGAGUCCCAUGCUGAAUCUGUUUCAGGAGGAUGAAGCCGGUGAGGGCAGGUUCAACUUCACUGCCUACGGGAUGGGACCAGCUUGCCUACAAGCCAAGGACGGCAUCUCUGUCAAGGGUGCCAACAACAACAACACGGCCAACCCAGUGCCGCCGCCGUCCCGCUCGCCCGAGGAGAUGCGGAAGCUCUUCAUCCAGCGAGCCAAGAAGAUCGAUAAGAUCUCCCGCAUCGGCUUCCCCAUGGCAUUCCUCAUCUUCAACAUUUUCUACUGGAUCAUCUACAAGAUCGUCCGCAGAGAGGACGUGCACAACCAUCAUGGGUUUGCCGAUCAAACACUUUGUGACUUUUGCAUAGAGGAAAGCAAAUACAUUAUCUCUCUCAUCCCCAUCAGAGAGCUUCCAAAGGAAACACAGGAAGGACAUCAGGGCCUCCAUCAGAAAUCACAGGUAGCUUCUGUCCUUUCAAACAACCUGGCAGGAUUCAAGUCCCAGGAGGCAGAAAUGCUAUUCAGAAUGCUAGAAAUUAUGAAGGGUUUUUAAAAUAGGGUUUCUUUCAUUUGUUUUGGUUGGUUUUGGUUUUUUUUUUCCAAACCCCUUUCUGCCAUGUUUGUUUGCAAUGGGGGGAUGGAAGUGAUUGUAUUUAAAAUAUAGAGAAAACAGGCAUCUUCUUGCCUUGUUGUGACAGGACCGGGCACGUGGCAAUACUGUCAGUAAGGGGGGGGAAGGUGUGUAUAGAGAGAGCAGCUCUUAUUUUCAGACAUUUCAUAGCAG